AUGAGCUCAAGCAGCCUCGUCCUCCGAGGGGCACGCAGCACAUCGCGCGCCUCCAACUCCCUCCGCGCAUCCUCCCGCGCAUUCCAUGAACCACCCAAGGUCUACCGUGCCCAGGAGAAGGACCCGCAACUAGGCGACUAUCCCGACCUACCCUGGGUCUCUAACCAGCAGCGCUCUCCAUACGGCUGGUGGGACCCGCAGAUGCGCCGCAACUUCAACGAGCCUGCAAGUCCCUCCCCUCUCUUCUGCCAGCUCCUCUCCAUGUGGGGUCCCGAUGUCGCCCCCGUGCCACCCCAGACGGCCCUCCGCCAGUUCCUCCUGGCCGCAGGCAGCUUCGUCAGCUUCGGCUUCCUCGUCAAAUACGCCCUCACCCCCGACCGGCCAGCCGUCCCGCGGGAGUACCCGUACUCUGGUCUCGUCACGGAGCUCGGAGGCCUCGACGCGAACAAGGUAUGGAAGCCACCCUGA